GCCGCAGGAACUAUGCGCCAUUUUGGAUCUGCCGGCCUGAAUCUUGCCAGGCCUGGGCGGGAGAGAAGCAGCUUAGCUGUUUUGCCUCAGGUGGCUAAAUAUCUGAGGCUGGCUCUGGACAUCGCACACAUCUUGGGAAGCGUUCCAAAAUUUAUGAAACGGAAACUUUACAACGGUCUGCCUCUGCGCCUGUUUGACUGCCCAGAUUUGUGGUUGGCCGAUCAGCUUUUGGCUCCGUGGAGGGAGUUUAGAUGUAUUUGACUUGACCCACUUAUCCACCCAGAUGGGGUAGCUGUUCCUUAUGGGCAUCACAGAUGAGCAGCACCCCCCGCUGCAGGAGGACUGAACUGCGGGGCUGAGCGAUGGCCAGUUUCCUCCAGCUCCUGCUGGCCUGGUUGGGAGGCUGCGGCUGUGCAGGCCGCCUCAUGCCGCCCAGCCAGGGUGCCAGAGCCGGGUCCCUGCGGGGGAACGUGUCUCAGCGCUGGGAGCGCCCGCUGCUGAGGUCCCGUCGCAGCUGGGUCUGGAACCAGUUCUUCGUCAUCGAGGAGUACGCUGGACCGGAGCCCGUCCUCAUCGGGAGGCUUCACACCGAUGUGGACCGGGGCGAGGGCCGCAUCAAGUACGUCUUGACUGGAGAGGGGGCCGGCACGGUCUUCGUGAUCGAUGAGAAAACGGGCAACAUCCACGUCACCAAAACCUUGGACCGGGAGGAGAAAUCCCAGUAUACGUUGCUGGCCCAGGCUGUGGAUCGGGCCUCUAACCGGCCUUUGGAGCCGCCGUCUGAGUUCAUCAUCAAAGUACAAGACAUCAACGACAACCCGCCGGUCUUCCUCCAUGGCCCUUACCACGCGACUGUGCCCGAAAUGAGCAACGUGGGUACGUCCGUGAUUCAGGUGACGGCCCACGAUGCGGACGACCCGGCCUACGGGAACAGUGCCAGGCUGGUCUAUACGGUACUCGAGGGGUUGCCAUUCUUCUCCGUCGACCCCCAGACGGGUGUGAUCCGGACAGCGACCCCCAACAUGGACAGGGAAACCCAGCAAGAAUUCCUUGUCGUGGUUCAGGCCAAGGACAUGGGAGGGCAUGCCGGGGGUCUCUCAGGAAGCACGACCGUCACUGUCACACUGAGCGACGUCAACGAUAACCCACCUCGCUUCCCUCAGAGCUCCUACCAGUUUUCCGUGGUAGAGACUGCACCUCCUGGCUCUGCCGUGGGGCGGUUGCGAGCGCACGACCCCGACGAAGGGGAGAACGCUCUGCUGGCCUACAGCAUUCUUGACGGAGGAGAUGGAGCAGAAGCCUUUGCAAUCCACACUGAUGCGCUGGGACAGGAUGGGAUCAUCACAGUGAAAAAGCCCCUCGACUUCGAAUCGCGCCACUCGUACACCUUCCGCGUGGAAGCCACCAACACACUCAUCGACCCCCAGUACAUCCGCAAAGGCCCCUUCAAAGACAUGGCCACCGUCCGCAUCACGGUGGAGGACGCCGACGAGCCCCCGGCGUUCUCCCGCUCCGACUACCACCUCGCCGUCUACGAGAACAGCCCCCCGGGGACCCUGCUGGGCAAGGUGACAGCCGUGGACCUCGACUCCCCCAGCAGCGCCAUCCGGUUCCCCCCAUCUUCUAGAUACUCCAUCCUGCCGCACACAGACCCCGAGCGCUAUUUCAGCAUCAACCCUCAGGACGGGACGAUCCUGACCUCUGUGCCUCUCGACCGGGAGCUCUUGCCCUGGCAUAACAUGACCGUGGUGGCAACGGAACUUGACAGCCCCACACAGGCCUCCCACGUCCAAGUGGCCAUCCAGAUUCUGGACGUCAACGACAACCCACCCCAGCUGGAGCACAGCUACGAGCCGUUUGUCUGUGACAAUGCCGCCCCCGGCCACUUGGUGCAGCUGAUCCGAGCGGUGGAUCGAGACGAGGACGGGAAUGUGAGCCGCAUCAUAAUCCGCUCCCCGCUUGGGGCCAGGGACCCGAACGUCACUGUGCGAGACAACAAGGAUAACUCUGCCUCCCUGCUGCUUCGUGCUGCCCGCCUGCCCACACAAGGCGGGUCCCUGCUGGUGCCGCUGGAACUGGUGGACGGGGGCUCCCCCACCCGCACAGGCUCCCCCACCCUGACCGUCAGCAUCUGCCGGUGUCGGCGCGAUGGGGCCAUGCACUCCUGCGGGGCCGAGGCCCUGGGCUCCCCGGCAGGCCUCAGCACGGGCGCCCUUCUUGCCAUCCUCGCCUGCGUGGGCACUCUGCUCGCCCUGGUGCUGCUGUUUGUCGCCCUCCGGAGGCAGAAGCAGGCGGCGCUGCUUCCUUUCGAAGAAGAGGACGUCCGCGAGAACAUCAUCACCUACGACGACGAGGGCGGGGGCGAAGAGGACACAGAGGCCUUCGACAUGGCCGCCUUGCAGAACCCCGACGCUGCCCCUCCACCCCCUCAGCAGCGCCGCCUCUUCCGGCGGGACGUGCUCCCCCGCCUGCACUUCCCGCCCUCCUUGCCAGCCCGCCUGCCCCCGCAGCCCCACGACGUGGCCAGUUUCCUGGCGGCCCGCCUGAGCGAAGUGGACGCCGACCCCUCCGUCCCCCCCUACGACUCUAUCCAGGUGUACGGAUACGAGGGACAGGGCUCCUCGGCCGGCUCCCUCAGCUCCCCGGGGUCCUCGUGCGCUGGCGACAGUGACGCCGGCGGGUACGAGUACCUGGAAGAAUGGGGGCCACUCUUCCGAACGCUGGCUGAGCUCUACGGCACCCCAGAAGGGCCACCGCCAACUUGAGGGACCUCGAACCGGGGAGGGGCCACAUCCACGGAACAGCGCGGCCCUCCAGUCCUCUCUGUCCCUGUCGUGUUGCUUGUUGCUUUCUCCCUUUUGGUUCGCUCUCGGUUUCGGCUUGUCUUCUAGACAUUUCAUGUCCUUGUUUGCGUCACCUCCCUGUAGGCCGGGGCGGCUGGUCUGUGGCCUUCCAGAUGUUUCUGAGUCACAUCAGUCCCACCCAGCAUGGCCGGCGGUCAGGGAUGAUGGGGGGGCCUGUGGUUGUGUAACAUCUGCAGGGCCACAGGUUAGCCACCCCAAUUAUUCUUUCAGUGCGUCUUUCAUUCUCUCGCGGCUUUCCCGCUCCCCAAAUCUUUCAUGUUUAAAUUACUUUGAUUUUAUUUCGGAUUCUUCUCUUCCCUUCUUUAGCUACUUUGCCCUUCCAGCUUCCGCCAUUCCUUACUCUGUUCCUUUAGAU